AUGAAAGUCCUACGGACAAUAUUUUCAUCAAGAUUCCAUUCUUUGUUAACUCCUUUUAAGCUUUUUACAAAGGAUUUUGUCCAAAAAAGGAUUGAAAUUCCAGCAAGAAAUGUAGAGAACGGCCCAUACAGGUGAGUACGGUUAUUUCAUGCCGUUUUGAUCUAUGUGGAUAAUCGGUAUCAUUGCUUCAGGGUUUUUUUGUCUGCAGAAACUCGUUUAUCUGACUCCCCGGAUCUAUCGAGGGCUCUUUUUGGUGGCAUUUCGUCGAUAAAACGCUGUUCGAGUUUUCUGUUCGCGAUUUUAUGCUCUCCAAUAUUUUUUUGUUGAUGGAAUACGCGGGGCAAGGUAGAAGGUUAGGUAGUCAGAGUAGUUAAGGAUAGUACUUAGGCCUCAUCCAUUAAAAACUCUUAGUGUUAUACCUCACCGUUCCUGGGGCUGCAUGUUAUGGGCGUUUAUAAAAAAAUCGCCCAAUUUCCAUGCAACCGUUCCUGGUGCGUGGUAUACCGUAUACGAUAACCGAGAAUCGUUUUGUUCCCGCCAAAAUCGGAUUUCAAAAAAGCACAGUUCGGUUUUUUUGAGAGAAAUCGCAGCGAAAAGAAGUGCUCCGGUUGGAUCUAUUAUAGGUUGAGAUGUGGGUUUCUUCCUCUUUAUUGCCGAUAAUAAGCUCCUGCGCAUUGUCUUGGAUUUCUGUUCUAGGAUCUUUCCUUUGAUAUUGAUGUUUCAGCCGUUGAUUAUUUGUUUUUAGGUCGUAUCCUCCUUUCGCAAUGAAGAAUCGUUACCACUUGUCCAGCGGUUCCAUUCAUUUGAUUGUUGGACCAAUGUUCAGUGGCAAAACGUAAGUUUAGUUAUUGGGUAUCCAAAAGUCAUGUUGCUUCCAAAAUCGUUUCUAAAUUUUGGAAUGCGGGUUCUGAUCUCCAAAUAGUUAAUUUCUCGUUCAGCUGUUUUCUAAUAUUAUCUCUAAAAAUUUAGAUCCGAAUUACCCUAAAUAAUUAUAAUUUUGUAAACAACACCCCGAUAUUUGGGCUGUCCUUGCUCUGCAAAAACUUACCAGACGAAGUAAUGGCCGGGUUUGGAAGCCUUUGCGUAUUUUAUAACAUUCAAGUGCAGGUGUAACUGGAAUAAAAAUAGCUGUAAGCAUGGGAAUUAUAGGUGUUGGCUGAUUAGAUAUUACAAACCCGACCUUUCCUUUACUCAUUUUAUAUUAGUUCAGUAACUGUAAAGUUUAGUUAAUUUUUUAUGAGCUGUAAUUAUUGUAAUCAGUAAUUAAAUACAGUACUCUUUGCAGGACCGAAUUGUUCCGACUUUCCAACCGUUACAGUUUGGCGGGGAAGAAAGUUAUUGUUGUGAAGUAUGCCAGGGACACCAGAUACGAUGAUGUUAUGGUAUGCACUCACGAUCUGUAAGUUUUUUUGUUAAAAGUGAAUAUAAUAUUCCAUGGAUAUUUGGUUUAGCCGGAAGAUGGAUGCGAUCUCAGCUCUCAAAGUGAACGAUGUGUGGUCAAAGUUGAUUGAAAAUGAUGUGAUUGGGAUUGAUGAAGGUCAAUUUGUAAGCCUUUCUCCCUUUAUUCAUGUCAAUAUUGUUUGGUUUUAGUUCGAGGAUGUGGUCGAAUGCGCGGAGAGUUUGGCGGAUAUGGGCAAAACAGUGAUCAUCGCUGCUCUGGAUGGCGACUUUCAGCGAAAGGUAGGGAUUAUGGACUAAGAUGAUAUAGUGAUAUUGCACAAUAGAGGGAUGAUUGUAAACGGGAAAGCAGAGGCGAAAUGUAAGACGAUAAAACGGAUGUAAGAAGAUAAGAAGAUGAUCGGAUGCGUGAUGUUGGUGAUAAUAGGGUUUAUUACUUUGAUUUAAGAUCUGGUAUUCGUAAAAAUAAGCUGUAAUUUGAAAUGGGCUACACAUUAGUACUAGUAGUAUUUGAAUAACAUGAAUAAUUUAUUGGAAAGGUUGUAUAAAAGUGUGCUUUCAUGCAUAAUGUAUUGGUAAUCGCCGAUUCACCGGUCCAAAUAUUAGCUAUCUAAAAUCAUGAUGAAUGUUUUAUUUAUUUGCAGCCGUUUCCCAACAUCGCAACGCUCUUCCCUUUGGCCGAGAAGGUGGACAAGGUGAAUGCGGUCUGUCGUUGCGGGGACGACGCUUCAUUCACAUUGCGCACCGUGAAAUGCAACCAGGUGAGAAGAGGGGGCAUGAGUAAUAUAAUGAACCAUUCAUGUAUAAAUUGAAUCUUGUUAGGUUGAAGUGAUCGGUGGCAAGGAGAUGUACGAAGCUGUCUGUAGAAAUUGUUACCAUGAACAGGUGGCUGAACAACGGAAACACGAUGAAAUGUUCUGUAAAGUGGAACAGAAACAUGUGGACAAGGGAUUGAAGCGAGUACAUUCCAUUGAGAACACCAUGACCACCUCGGAAGAUAUGGGAAAGAAACGUCAAGUUGUGUAA